UGGCAACAGUGGCAACUGGCAGUAGCGGCACUAUUUGGCACUGUUGGCGAUUAGCACCAUUAGCACCGAUCAGCACUGGCAAUUGGCAAACACUGGCAAUUUGGCAAACGCACGCGGCUCGAGCGCGGACACAGGGCAUGCGAUAUCUGUUGCUAUAAAUAUCACGACUAGCAUAGCAUAGAAAUGAAUAUUAUUCAUUACGCUGCUAAUCACAGGUCGCACACUAUGGCUGCCAAGAAGCUCGUUUAUCCUGCGGCAGACCGCAAUAAGGAUCCGAUAUUAUCAGUUUUAAAACGGUACAUCCAACGCGGCACCAAUCAGACACUCCUGGAGAUAUCUUCCGGCUCGGGACAACACGUGGCACAUUUCGCGCCGCAUUUUCCACACGUUACGUUUUAUCCUUCGGAAUACGAGCCGCGACUUCUGGACAGCAUCGCCGCGUAUGCGAAUGGAUACUCUAAUAUAAAAAGCCCCAUAAGAAUUGACAUCACGACGGAUUUCCAACUGUGGGGUAACGGCAUUUUCAAGCCGAAUAGUUUAGAAUAUAUAUACAAUGCGAACAUGAUACAUAUUUCGCCAUACCUGUGCACCAUCGGUUUAUUUAGCAACGCGGGUCAGUUGUUGAAACCGAAUGGACUGUUAAUUACAUACGGACCGUACGCUUUUGAUGGUCAAAUCACUCCGCAGAGUAACGUAAUUUUCAACGAGUCCUUGAAAUCACAGGAUCCAACUUGGGGUUUGCGAGAUGUAACGGAUUUGAAAAAGUUAGCUGAAGAGAACAAUAUUAAAUUAAUAGAAAUUAUAGAUAUGCCCGCUAAUAAUAAAACGCUAAUUUGGAAAAAAAUUACUCGCUCAUAAGGAAUUGAAACGGAUGAGGUCACAGAGGUUUGUCACGAUUGACGCGAUUGAACGAAAAAAUUUGCAAAACAUAAAUUUGUGUCUAAUUUUAUUAUACCGAAUUAAGGUAUCACUUGUUUAGUUUCGCGAGCGAUCAUUAAAAAUACUUUUUUAAUAUUUGUACAGUAUUAUAUACAUCCUGUACAUUUGUGCACAUGUAUACUGUUAUUAAAAAUAUUUUAUAUAUAUAUAUAUAUAUAUAUAUAUAUACAUACAUACAUACAUACAUACAUACAUACAUACAUACAUACAUACAUACAUACAUACACACAUACAUACAUACACACACGCGCGCGCGCGCGCGUGUAUUUAUGUAUUGGAACUACAUAAACAUUGUACAAAGAAAUUAAUUAUAACAGGAUGAUAUACAAAUAUACCAUCGUUACUUUUGAAAAAGGGAUGGAUACAAGUAUACAAGUAUACCACCAUCGUCAUUUUUGGAAUUACAACUACAUUGCUGCAACUUCCACGUUAUAUAAAAUGUGAUACCGAAACUUAUUCCGAGUAGAUAAAGACACGUACGCGUAUGCUACAUCUCAAUCAUUUGCGUUUACGAUUAAAAUUUUAAUUCCUGAGAGAUCUGAGAUUUUGGUACAAAACUUGUAUAAAAUACAAUAAAAAUGUGUUUUUGUUAUAUAAAAAAAUAAUACAUCAUAAGUCAUAAUAAACAUAAAUCUAAAUUAAA